AUGAACUCCUUGAUCGGGGCUGAUUGCAGUGCCUGCUUCCUUCAGACUGUGUGGGCGGCCGAGUCCUCCUGGGGGGACGAGCAGGAGGACUUCACCUGCGACACGGAGCAGCCGGGCUGCGAGAACGUGUGCUACGACCAGGCGUUCCCCAUCGCGCACAUCCGCUACUGGGUGCUGCAGAUCGUGUUUGUGUCCACGCCGUCGCUCAUCUACAUGGGCCACGCCAUGCACACGGUGCGCAGCGAGGAGAAGCGCCGCCGGGGGGGCGACAGGGAGGACCAGGGGGGGGGGGGCGGCGAACGGGGAGGAGGGGGGGAGAAGGGGGAGCGCGUGGAGGCCUCGGGCCGCGUGCGUCUCCGGGGCGCCCUGCUCCAGACCUACGUGCUCAGCAUCCUGAUCCACACCGUCAUGGAGGUGCUCUUCGUGCUGGUGCAGUACUUCCUGUAUGGCGUGUUCCUGCGGGCGCUGUACGUGUGCCGGGCCUGGCCCUGCCCCCACCCCGUCAACUGCUACGUGACGCGCCCCACCGAGAAGAACGUGUUCAUCGUCUUCAUGAUGGCCGUGUCCGCCGUGUCGCUGCUGCUGUCGGCCGCCGAGCUCUACCACCUGGCCUGGCGAGGAUGCGUCAGGCUCCGCCUCCGCAAGAUCCAGGCCCCGCCCCCGGCCCCGCCGUGCACCCCGCCCCCAGACUUCAGCCUGUGCGUGGGCCCCGCCCCUCCCAGCUGCCCUCCCUGUCCCCUCCGCCUGGCGCACCAGCAAAACUCUGCCAACAUGGCAGCCGAGCGGCAGCACGACUUCCUGUCCCUGGCCUACACGCAGAGCUCCGCCCCCAGCGCCCCUGGCCCCGCCCCUCUGGCUGACAGCAACUUCCUGAAGGACAAUCGCCGGCUCAGCAAGACCAGCGGCACAAGCAGCCGUGUCCGAUCUGACGACCUGGCUGUGUAGACACACACACGCACACACGUCUUGUAUACAGACACACGCACCUUGUAUACAGACUUGUAUCCCUGCUGUUCCCUACAUUGACCAGCAGGAGGAUUCAAUGUCUGUUCAUGAGAGCCCUGCUCUCACAUCUACCAGCCAAUCAGCAUGUAUUUAUCUGAAGAAAAUGUUCCUUGUUUUACGUGUAUAGUUUCUCACGUGCAUAUUAGCCUGUUUCAAGUCUGUCUGAUAUGAUCAUAUCAAACUGUUGUCAUGAGGAUCGCAGUUCUGUAAACUCUGCACUUUUGAAAAUAGAAAACUGU